UUUUAGAGUUCAACAGUAAUAAACUAAUAACUACAUGUCAACAUUUCAUAAUUCCAUCCAACGUUGUUAGUUGUUACUCAACUCUAGUCUUUUACUCUCGUCUCACUAGUGAACUGCACUAUAAUAUCUUAAGAUGGAAAAUAUGUUUAGUACGUCCGGAGAAAAAGAGACUGAUGAAAAACUCUUGCAGCCUUUCACAUAUAUUAUGCAAGUGCCUGGCAAACAAAUCAGAGCUAAACUUGCUCAUGCAUUUAAUUAUUGGUUGAAAAUACCAUCCGACAAAUUGGCAGUUAUUGGAGAUAUAGUACAGAUGUUGCAUAAUUCUAGUCUUUUGUACGUAUUCACUUAUAGAGUAGAAAAAAGUUUAACUUAUUCCGAAAACAAAAGCUAUUGUGAAGAUUUAACAGAAGGAAAGUUUAGUUUCCCUAUUAUACAUGCAAUACAUACUCACCCUGAAGACAAACAAGUGAUUCAUAUUUUGCGACAGCGAACAAGAAAUGUUGACGUGAAAAAGUACUGCGUGAAGUUGUUGGAUAAUUAUGGUUCAUUUGAACAUACAAGGAAGGUAUUGACACAAUUAGAUGCAGAUGCUCGUAAGGAAGUGGAAAAUCUUGGUGGUAAUCCGUUAAUGAUUAAAAUAUUAGACGGGCUUAGAACCUGGUCAUAUAAUUUUGAUGAAAAGACAAACAAUUAAAUGUUUGUCGUGAAGUAGUUUUUUUAUGUGAUCUGUCAUAUUUUUAGUUUUGUAUUAAAUAUUUUGU